CCUGCAGCAGGUGAACUACCCACCAGCUGCUUAGCUAUCCACCACUUAUUGGAAACUUGGCUUUCUCUCUCUCUCUCUUUCCCCUAGUCGCCGUCACCGAUCCUACAAACACACCCCCUUUUUUUUUCUACCCUUCUUUCAACAACACCAACAACAAAACCCUCUUUUUUUUUUCUCGCUCUAGCUUAUAACCUCCCUAGUUUUGUGUGUCAUGGCAAGUCCAGAAUUUAGUAAUCCGCUCCGAAAAUUCAAGCUAGUGUUUUUGGGUGAACAAAGCGUCGGGAAGACGUCGCUCAUUACACGCUUCAUGUACGACACUUUUGACAACACCUAUCAGGCAACGAUCGGUAUCGACUUUUUAUCCAAAACCAUGUAUUUAGAAGAUCGAACUGUCCGACUGCAACUGUGGGAUACUGCUGGACAAGAACGUUUUCGCAGUUUAAUCCCGAGUUAUAUUCGAGACUCCUCUGUAGCCGUCGUUGUUUUUGAUAUCAGCAAUCGAAACUCAUUUCUAAACACGGAAAAAUGGAUCGACGAUGUGCGUGCCGAACGUGGAAAUGAGGUGAUUAUUGUACUUGUUGGAAACAAGACGGAUCUGAACGACAAGAGACAGGUCACGUUGGAAGAAGGUGAGAAGAAGGCCAAGGACUAUAAUGUCAUGUUUAUUGAAACUAGCGCGAAGGCCGGACACAAUGUGAAAACGCUGUUUCGACGAAUUGCACAAGCACUUCCUGGCAUGGACUCAAACGAGAACGGGAAAGAACAGAUGCAAAAAGUGGAUCUUCAUACAUCAGAUGGAUCCGAAGCUAGCGGAUGUGCUUGCUAGAUACUAAGCUUCUCUCACGUUCCCCUUUGUUCCAUUUACACAACUUAAUACCAUCAUAUAUCUCUUCUUCUCUUCUCUUUUACUUACAAUAUCUAUUGCAUAUACGGCUGUUCUACUUUUUUUUUCCUUUCUUUAUUUCUUUUUAAGGCUCAAACAAUUACAUAUAUACUUGCUCUCUCCAGUUAUAAACAUAUAUAAAGGCAAAUGGCGUGUAUAUCUUUCAACUAAUGACCUCGUGGGUGUGUUUUUUUGAGCUUUACUGUGG